AUGCCUUCUCCGAAAGCGCGGAGCAGCUCUGGGCGCAGCGGCAGUGUUCCGUGUCCCGGCGGUGGAAGCGGGCGCUAUGAGUUCAUUUCUUUGAGCCGAACUCCUCCGCCAAACCUGCUGCAGAGACAGGGCUCCGAUCCCACCUCAGCGCGGCUCCGAGCCUCCGAGAGCCCCAACCGACGCCGCGGCUCGAGUUCCUCCACCUCUUCCACCGGCGGGCAGCAAUUACCGGAAGAAGACUGCAUGAAAUUAAAUCCGUCUUUCAUCGGAAUAGCGCUCAGCUCUCUGCUGGCGAUCGAUCUGUGGUUGUCGAAGCGGCUCGGUGUAUGCGCUUGUGAGGACUCGUCCUGGGGCAGCGUGCGACCACUCAUGAAGCUCAUCGAGAUCACCGGGCACGGGAUUCCGUGGCUGGCCGGUGCUGCGUACUGCCUGUAUAAAAGCGACAGUGCCGCCGGUCAGGAGGUCAUGCUGAAUCUCCUCAUGGCCUUGGUUCUGGACCUGGUGCUGGUUGGCAUGGUGAAGGCCGUGGUGCGCCGCCGACGUCCGAACCAUAACCGCAUGGACAUGUUUGCCACGUUCUCUGUGGACCGCUAUUCUUUCCCAUCAGGCCAUGCCACACGUGCCGCAAUGUGUGCCCGCUUCCUAUUGGCCCAUCUGGUGCUGGCGGCCCCACUCCGUGUGCUUGUCCUGCUCUGGGCCACUGUUGUUGGUUUUUCUAGGGUUCUCCUUGGGCGCCAUAAUGUGACAGAUGUUGUGUUUGGUUUCUUCAUGGGCUACUGGCAAUAUAAUUUGGUUGAGAUGCUCUGGUUGUCACCAGUCAUGUUGCAAAACUCAAUUGGACAGCUUGACUGAGAAUCUAUGAGAACUUAAAGAGGUCUUGAUAUCUUAGUCUCAUUAUAUGUUGGAUCUCGACUCAUUCAGUUGCUGCCAGUAUGCUGGUAAUAAUUCCAUGUUGUCAGUCAAGUUGCUUAACAUGGGUUUACUACAUUUGUUUUUGCAUCUUCUAACUCGAAUGUAAGAUCUCAUUAAUAAUCUCCCAGCAAUGUCCAUGGUUUUUGUUUGAUUUGGAUUGUUAGGGAGCAGUGAAUAUCGAUUGCAUUCCUUUACUUAAAGUUAUUUGUCAUUCUUCCUUUCUUUCAUUACUUAAUUUGUGUCAGUACUCUUGAGACUGGAUAGAUUUUAGCAGUUUUGAUGAAGCAUCUGGCAUCAUGUCCUGCCCUUUUGAGAAUUGGCACGCAUCAAGAAAGGAUAGGGAAGUAGUUUUAACUUUUGGGGUGGAGUAUGGCUUCUGAUAUGUUUGUUUAACUGUAGGAUAUGACAACUUCACCAUUGUGAUAUGACACUUAUAAAACUUGAAACAAUAGCCAUCAACUUGAAGAUUCUGCCUCCAUUUUUUACACCAGCCAGAGUUUACCUCUAAUUAAUACAAAAACUCUGAAUAAGUGAAACUUUAAUUAACAGGGAAUUUGAAAAUCAUGGGGUGAACUUCAGUGUGGCUCCAAUGCCUUGAUGAUGUGCAGUAUCCUCAAUAGAAAUUUACAGGGGAGUAUUUGUGUUUGAAGUUCUGUUGAAGUUUGGGGGUUCUAAAAAAUUAAUGUGUGGUGCAAUUGCUGGGUUUUAAUGAGUGCAGAAAUGCUCUGUUUAAUUGUUCUGUGUUUGUGUCUCAGUAUAGUCGUUGUCUGUAUAGAUGACCACACUUGUCCUGAUAAAUGUUAUUGCACUUUUUGACUCCAUCUAUGAAUCUUAAUCUAUGAAGUAGAAUUUUUUUUUUGGACCUAUGGUCUUUGAAACUUUACAGUUUUUUCUUAAUGUAUGCAUGAUAUGCUUCAAAACUGAUGCCAUAUUUUCAGGGGUUUGUCCAGGAUUUAUUGCCAGGGGUAGCAAGAGUCGAGCUAGAGGUGUCAUCCAGUAAGUUUGUGGGGAAGUUUCUGCAGAAGAGCUAAAACCUCUAUGAAUUCUUAACUAUUUUAAUUGCCCCAUAUGUUCCCUUUGACCAAGGAUAUCAAAUUAAAUUAUUCAAGUGCAAGGCAUUGUGGGUAUUCCCUGUAGUAUUAAUUUUGAACUCAUUAAUUUGAGUUAUUAAAACUUAAAAUCUGAAGUCUAUGGAUUUUAAAGAAAUAAUUUUUUAUUGAUUUUUAUUUAUUAAAAAUAUAUACAAAAUAGAAUUUACACAGACCAGUCACAACAUUAAAACCACCUGCCUAAUAUUGUGUAGGUCCCCCUCGUGCCGCCAAAACGGCACCAAGAUGCUAUUCUUCUCACCACAAUUGUACAGAGCGGUUAUCUGAGUUGCCGUAGACUUUAUCAGUUCAAACCAGUCUGAGUAUUCUCUGUUGACCUCUCUCAUCAACAAGGCAUUUCUGUCUACAGAACUGCUGAUCACUGGAUGUUUUUUUUUAUCACCAUUCUGUGUAAAUUCUAGAGACUGUUGUGUGUGAAAAUCCCAGGAGACCAGCCCAUCUGGACCCCCUCCAGAUUGUAUUGGAGGGGUCUUAAAGACACACCCACCUGCUGGUAAUGCCAAUCAGAUGAUGGGGACACAGACCAUGUUGUUUGGUGUUGUGUUAAGAUCCAAGAUUUUUGGUUGAGGGUUCAGAGUUUUAUGUGUGACAUAUUGGACACUCAAAUUUCAUUUUGCCCCAGACUCUGUAUUUUAAGCGAUGGGGCGUCAUUAAUAUAUGGGAUAAAUAUAUUUAAAAAAAUUAGGUCCAAGCCAGUGUUCUGGUCAGCAGGCAGUACAUCCUUAGGGGAUGGAGGUUGACUGGAUCGCUCUCAUUUCAGGAGUGGGGCAAAGAGUUGGGCAGGAUGGCGGCAUUCGAAGAAAUGUCAUACAGAAGACAGGGGAACUUGGAAUUUUUUAAUGGAAAAUGGGGCAGCUAUUUGGCAUAAUUGGAUGGCUCUCAGGGAGGGGAAGUGCAGAGAGAUGUGUAGUUUUAAAUGUGUGUGAUUUUUAUUUAUAUAUAUAUAUAUUGUGUAUUCUCAAGUUGGACCACAGGGAUGUUUGUUGGGGGUUGGGUUGGGGAUUGAGAGGGCGAAAGGGAAUUAUGUGGGUUAAACAUUUAAUCGAUGUAUAUAUGUUUGCUUUUCUGUUUCAUGUGUCUGAAAAGUGUUAAUCAGAAAAAAACUGCUCUAACAAUCAUCCAUGCAAUUACCAGUUAAUCGUGUGGCUGCAGUGCAUAAAAUCAUGCAUAUAUGGGUCAGGAGCUUCAAUUAAUGUUCACAUCAACCAUCAAAAUGGGGAAAAUGUUUAAUCUCAGUGAUUUAGACUGUGGCAUGAUUGUUGGUGCCAGACGGGCUGUUUUGUUCUGUAACUGCUGAUCUCCUGGGAUUUUCACGCAUCAAAUAUUUUUUGACAAAUCCACCCCCAAAAUCCAGAUAUUUAACUUUUCUUCAUUCUCUGAUAUUACAUAUUUCUCCUUUGGCAGCCCAAGUAAUACAUUUCUGGUGAAAGUUAUGGGUGUUUUGACUGUUCUAGAGAACCAUUUUGCACAUUUCUCCUUUGCAAUAAUUGAGUUAUAUCUUCAUGAAAGUACAAUCAUUGGUCAUUUGUGAAAUAUUAUAAUACAAGUGACAGAUGGCAACCAAUAAAAAUAAUACAAAUUAUAGUUUUAAAUUGCAAUAACAUUGUAACGUUCUGGUGAUUUUUUGUUUUGUUUGCUAGGAACCGUGUGUCUUUUGUUUGACUGAGAGGAAAUUUAGAUGAGGUUUUCAUUUGAUAUUAAGGUUUUUGGGGUUUACAUUCUUCUUGAGUCAGUUAAAGUGGCUUCACCAGUUAUCACUAUAUACACUCACCUAAAGGAUUAUUAGGAACACCAUACUAAUACUGUGUUUGACCCCCUUUCGCCUUCAGAACUGCCUUAAUUCUACGUGGCAUUGAUUCAACAAGGUGCUGAAAGCAUUCUUUAGAAAUGUUGGCCCAUAUUGAUAGGAUAGCAUCUUGCAGUUGAUGGAGAUUUGUGGGAUGCACAUCCAGGGCACGAAGCUCCCGUUCCACCACAUCCCAAAGAUGCUCUAUUGGGUUGAGAUCUGGUGACUGUGGGGGCCAUUUUAUUACAGUGAACUCAUUGUCAUGUUCAAGAAACCAAUUUGAAAUGAUUCGAGCUUUGUGACAUGGUGCAUUAUCCUGCUGGAAGUAGCCAUCAGAGGAUGGGUACAUGGUGGCCAUAAAGGGAUGGACAUGGUCAGAAACAAUGCUCAGGUAGGCCGUGGCAUUUAAACGAUGCCCAAUUGGCACUAAGGGGCCUAAAGUGUGCCAAGAAAACAUCCCCCACACCAUUACACCACCACCACCAGCCUGCACAGUGGUAACAAGGCAUGAUGGAUCCAUGUUCUCAUUCUGUUUACGCCAAAUUCUGACUCUACCAUCUGAAUGUCUCAACAGAAAUCGAGACUCAUCAGACCAGGCAACAUUUUUCCAGUCUUCAACUGUCCAAUUUUGGUGAGCUCUUGCAAAUUGUAGCCUCUCUUUCCUAUUUGUAGUGGAGAUGAGUGGUACCCGGUGGGGUCUUGUGCUGUUGUAGCCCAUCCGCCUCAAGGUUGUGCGUGUUGUGGCUUCACAAAUGCUUUGCUGCAUACCUCGGUUGUAACGAGUGGUUAUUUCAGGCAAAGUUGCUCUUCUAUCAGCUUGAAUCAGUCGGCCCAUUCUCCUCUGACCUCUAGCAUCAA